GUUCAUGAAUUCACAGAGAGAAGCUAGUAUAGCUAGCUUGUUUAAUCUAUCUUAAUUAGCUUCUUCAUGAAAAUCAUGGCUUCGUGUUUCUCAUUCUCAACUACUUUUAUUGUUCUUCUUGCCAUCUUCUCUUCCAUUCCACUCUCAUCUUCUACAGCUUUUAUCGUUCUCCAUGGGGUUUCAAUGUUUUGUCAAGAUGUUGGAAGUAUUUAUUACACUUUGACAAUUAGCGGCAUGCUAAGAGUUAAAGGAUCAUGCGUGGAAGUUGGAAAUGGACUAAUAAGUUCAUGGAUGAUGGGAAUGAAUGACCAAGUUGCAGAUGCUUGUCGGAAGAUCACCAGGAUGGGAGAACUAAAGGGUGGUUACCACAUGGUUUCUCUCUCCCAGGGCAACAUGGUUGGGAGAGGAGUGAUUGAGAACUGUGACGGUCCGCCUGUGAAGAGUUUCAUCUCGGUGGGAGGCCCAAAUGCAGGUCAUUCUUCAACUAUUCCUUGCGGAAAAUUUCCCUGGUGUGGUUUAAUGGGUCAUUAUUAUGGAAUGGGAGUAUACAACCCCAUGGCUCAAAAACAUUUUGGUCCUGCUGGCUAUAUCAAGAUUCCCACUGAUAUGAAGGGUUACUUGGCACAAUCCAAAUUUCUGCCAUAUAUAAACAACGAAAUCCAAGAUGCCCAAAGUGCAGAACGCAAGAGAAGAUUCUCCAGCCUCACAAUGCUUGUUCUUAUCUUGUUUAGAGCCGACACAAUUAUCUUGCCACAAAUAAGUUCCCACUUCGGCUAUUAUCCAAACGGAGAUUUCUCUAGAGCCGUGCCUGUACAGCAGACUGAUCUUUACCAAAAGGACACCUUCGGGUUUAAAACAUUGGAUAAAGCCGGAAAAGUUAAGUUCUUCUCGUGUCCUGGACAGCACCUUGUAAUAACACCUCCUGAAAUUAGGAUGUAUAUUAUUCCCUACAUGAAAUGAGACAUACCAUCCAGCUAGCUAGGCCCGCGGGACAAGGAUGGACUUGAGGAUCUAUCUCAUAAAUAAUUGUUAUCCACCCCCUACUAUAUAUAUACAAUAAAUAAAGGGACAUCAUCAUAUUCUGCUGUAUGUUAUAUCUAUCUAUCAAAUUAAAACUAUAUAUCAUUACGUACGUACGUACGUGUAAA